GCUGGCCCCCAACAGCCUGUAUCGAAUCCAGUGGGACUAGGUUCGAUGUUUGGCAGCAACGCAUUUGGUGGAAGCCAGGAUUUGUUAAGAUCAGCACAUCCAAGUCAACCGUUCGGUGGACAACCUAUGGCAAUGUCACCGUCAUCGCAAAUGAUGAGAUCGGGCAUGCCUCCAGCUCCUCAAAGACAGAACUCAGCAAGCGGAGUUGGUUGGCAGAUGGGAGGCCCACCAGGCCAACCACGAGGUCCUCCAACUCCUUCACAGCAGAUGGACUUCCAACCACAACCUCCACCUACAUCUUCGCAGGUUGAUUUGCGCUCUGCUCCAAUGCCCUUAGGUGCUGGUCCAGUAGUCAUUGACGAUAUGAACUUUCCCAAAGAUGUGCAAGAUGAAGCUAAUAUGUAUUUUGAACAAAUCUAUAAUCAGUCGUCUAUGGUAGGAGAUCUAAUAAUGCGUCUAAAAGGAUUGAAAAUGUCACAAAAUCCAAGAGAUCAGAAGGUUUUGGCAUGUGUGGUGAAGAAUUUGUUCGAAGAGUACAGAUUUUUCCACGAAUAUCCUGAAAGAGAGCUGAGGACUACGGCCGAGAUAUAUGGAGGAAUUAUCAGGGAAGGAAUAAUCAGUAAUCUUCAUUUUGCAACAGCUGUCCGAAAAGUCAUCGAAUCUCUACAGUCUGAAGUGGGAAGCAUGUUGUGGACGUUCGGAAUAGUUUCCUUAACAGCCUGCAGAUCCAAGCUCUGCUCCUAUCCGAAGGUCUGUUCAAUGAUCGCUCAACAUGAGAAUUUUUCCAAGUUCCCUCCGGGACUGAAAGAAUACGUCUUGGCUGGUUUGAAAGGCGAACUUCCAGUACAAAACAUAGCAAUGCCACCAAUGGACUCAACUGGGCGAUCCACUCCUCCACUCAGCUGGACACCCACGCAAAGAUCGCAACAACCAGUAGCACAAGCGUCGGAAGCACUAAUCGAACCGUAA